AUGACUUUCACCGCCGAUGACUGCCUUGGAUUCCACUACAAACAUGAAGAACCGUUGGUAAUUUCCAUGGAUCUUAACAAUCACAACGUUCACAGAGUACUGGUCGAUGGAGGGAGCGCCGUCAACAUCAUCUUCAUAAACUUCUUCAAGCAAAUGAUCCUCGAGGAAGGAGAAGAAUCACUGACGAAGGUCAGCUACCCACUGAUUGGAUUCAACGGAUCUGCAGCAGUUCCCCGAGGGAAGAUCACCCUACCAGUCACAGUUGGCCAAGGCCAAGCAGCGAGAAAUGUCCAAGAGGAAUUCUUAGUGAUGGAUUGCGAUUCACUGUACAACGUCAUCAUGGGACGAACCAUGAUCCACAAAAUGCAAGCAAUCCCAUCCACGCUAGGAGACGGUUCUAAGGAUGAAGAAGCUAAACAAGAUCCCUCGAGAGGGGAAAAAAAGGCAAAGAGGAGAAAGGCCGGAUCGAGCAGUCUGGUGAAACCCACAGAGGUUGAUGCUCGGCCCGAAACCCCUUCUCCGGAGCCAGAUAAAGAAAUGGAGGAUAUCUCCCUCGAAGACGAUUCAAACAGGAGUGUCUGA